AGUUCGAUAUUAGAAUUGUGUGCUGCCAUAUUAAAAUGGAUUGGAUACACUGCAAUUCGUGUUAUUUAUUACCAACGCAGUCGAAAGGAAAAAAAUUUUCGUUAACUAGCUGUGGGCAUGUGUACUGUGAGAAUUGUGUUAAACCUGAUGAUACAAAGAAAUGUGCAAUUUGUGGAAACACAUUUAAUAUGAUACCAUUAACUUCUGAACUUAGUGCUGAUAUCCAGGAAUAUUUCAAAACUCCCGAGGACAUACUGAAACGUGCACUACAAAUUAUGACUUUUCAGGACGGCCACCGUAGCAGAAUUACUGCAUAUUUUAACAAUGUUGUCCUGAAGUACAAAGCUGCCAAGCAGGAAAUAAUGAGAUUGAAUGGAAUUAUUAAAAAACAAGAAAAAGAUUAUAAAGAUUUGAAACAACAAAAUAUGUUUCUGAAGCAGAAACUACAAAGAGGAAUGGCAUCAUUUACUCACAGUAAUAGCAGCAGCAACAUAAACUCUCAAGUACAAUGCUCAAAGUCAAGUGAACCUAAUGUGAUUCCAAGUCAGAUGAAGUCAGCUACUGCCCCCACACUCACUAAUAUGAACUCAGAGAUACCUGCAGACAGGAUUACAUUUUCUCAAGGCUCUAAAAUUUCUGCAUCACAGAUGUCUCCUUGGAUAACUCCAAGGCGUUUGACAUUACGUAAAGUGACUUCGCCAAGUAGUUGCUCGUCUUCAUUAGGAAAUACUAAUUUACCGAUGUUUUCACCAAUAACUCCACGAAACACAUUUAACUACUCUGCCCAGUAUAGAACAAACACACAGUAUUCAUCACAGCCCAAUACUCCAUCAACUCCAGGAACACCAAUCACUCCUGAACGAUAUCUCGAUACAUUAUUUCUUGUUAAUGUCUUUAAAGGCAAAAUAAAUUACCAUUCCAUUAUGUACACUAUUGGUAUACGUGUGCCAGCAAGGCAAAUAAGAUAA